AUGAUAAGGCCUGGCUACCCGCCCGGUUGAUUAUGUCAGCGAGGUCGACAAAACAAAGUUGGACAGGUUAGCCGAUAUGCAGGUUCUAUUUUUGGACUUCCCCUCUGCUGGGCCGCCCCAAACGGUGUUUGUUGCUCUGCUGCCCAUAUAACCUCCUGCUCUUCCUCCUCAUUCUCUCUCCCUUCUCUUCUUUUUCUUCUUUUCUUUUCCUCAGCAGGUCUUGUUUGUCUUCUGAAGAGCUAUUCCUUUAAUUUUGAGGUGCCUAAUUUCCUGUUGUGUCUUUUCGUUGUCUACUUCUUCUCGCGCAAUCACAUUCACAAGGAGCUGUGCUUCUUGCUUCCGGUACCUCUUGAUUAAUUCAAUCCUCCAACUUGAUAUCGCAUUGUUCGUCGCCGGUCGACGUCAUUGUUUAAUAGCUUCUUCUUUUCAACGUCCUUACUUUCGAGACCCGUCCGCUCUAUUUUAUCGAUCACAAUUUCCGAAAGCGACUCUGGUAGUCCUUCUGGCUUCGAUAGAAUAUAACUGCUCCCUGAUAUAUUCAAUUCUUUUAAAAUACAUAUAAUUUCUUAUCAUUAUUAUUUUUUAUCUUUUUACCACACCCCAUUCACUAAUAUAUUUACAAACUCCAUUACCUUCAUUACAACCAUCACUUUUUACAUUGUAAUAUACUUAAUAUUCGGAAGUUAUUCAAGAAAAAAUGGCCGCCGUGCAACUCAGUUUCUCCAUCCGCACCUCUCCCAAUGUCAAGACUAUCCAUCUCCUCGGUUCGUGGGAUAACUACGCGGGUCAGCUCCCACUCUCCCAGGAUGCCUCCGCCAAACCCGGCUCAUGGAAGGGGACUUUCCGUUUCCAGGGCAAUUCUCUCCAACUGGGACAGCGAUACUGGUACUACUACAUCAUGGACGGCUACCAUGUCUCUCAUGACCCAACUGCGGAAUACACUGUUGAACCCACCACUGGCCGCAAGCUCAACAUCCUAGAUGUUCCCAGUGGAGCCCGCAGCAGCACCAACUCUUCCCACAGACAUUCCCACGCUGGACCAAUCAAAGGCCGCGCUCUUUCGCCUUCCAAGAUCCUCUCCCCGAAGCCUUCCAAGCCUUACGCUUCUCGCCAAAUUCGGGAUCCCCGCUACUCCCCACCGCCUACCGUCAGCGAACUCACCAGACGCUUUGGCCGUGUCGAUAUGUCCGAUUCCGAUUCGGAUCUCUCCUCUAGCCCGCCCUCGUCGACUGGAUCUUCGAUCUCUACUCGCUCAGAUAGCUCGUCGCCAUCGUCUAUCUCUUCCUUGAGCGACAAUAGCUCCAUUUGCAGCUGCGAGCGAUACGGAAUCACCCGUAAGGGAGAUCGCGUCAAGAUCGAUUGUGGAGGUAGCCGCUGUGGAACCAAAUCUCCCGCUUCCAAUUCUGAUAUCUGCUCCAGCGACUCGGAGGAGGAAUAUCGCGAAGCCCGCCCAAUGGCCCGCCGCCCACACUACGUCUCCCACAGAUGAUUAACUCGCUCUUUGGUGGUUGAUAAAUUGUCAACUUCGUCCUCCACAUCCUAGCGCGCACCGUUGUUGACAGAUGGAUUGCGGAAACAUUAGAUCCGUCUCAACACCUCAACCCUCGCUCCCUUGUAUCAUUUACCCAUGACCUUGAUGAAAGUAACGUCUUCCAGGGUUAGUUAUCUUUUGUCAUCCAAAUUGGUUAAAGAUGAGAAUCAUAUACGAAGCGAAAAAAAUUGUCAUGCCCGCAUGCCCGCUGUCUCUUGUGACUUGAAACAAUAAUUUUGACGACAAACUUUUAAACAUUCAGUUCGCUCACCCAUAUUGUUUGGUAAUUUGUUUUAUCUUCUUCCUGUUCUGUUUUGACUAGUUUUUCCCAACUCUGGCAUCGGAUAAUAAACGACGCUACUUUCCAUCGAUUCAUCCUAGCAUUUGAAGCCAACAAGCACGUUGCCAGCAUGAAUCCACCCAGCGUCACCGUACUGCUUUUUUCCUCUGCAUUUCCACGAACCCGGCUUUUACGCGGAAAAUGUCACUCUACAGCGAAUCGCCAAAUUCUUCUUGUUGCAAAACCGGAUACUUUAGGUAUCUUCCCAUUCUUGGUCCCCCCCCAACCCCCCAAAAAUCGAUCGAGUUUCAAAUCGUAAUUGCCAAUCGUGAUGACUCCGUUACUUCGAAACCCGUACCAAAUAAACACAUCUUAAAAAAAUAAAAAUAAUCUCGAAAAAAAUAUGUUUUUAGUUACGCAGCCAUUUACGUCCCCUCGCGAAAACAAGCAUCAUCCAUCGCAAUCCGGUUGAAACCCCAGAUCUUGUUUUCCAAUCUUUUUUUGUGAUUUACCGCAAUUUGUCUUUGUCACGCAACGAAAUUGCAUACCACAAUUUGCCUGUUCCAGCUUUUUGUAUCUUAUUUUUUACUUGUUGUGAAACGCCGUCUUGUCACUCCCAGACUUGGUGCAACUUUUGUCGUCCCUUCAGAGCGGCCUAUAGCGGCAGCUUCUGCACCUUGACCCUCUAUCUAUGGGCUGCAAGUCGGGAUGACUAGAAGCGGACACACUCAAGAGAACGCAGGAGGUGGGGUGGUGAGGUGGUGAGGAUGAGAGGUCAGAGAGUAUGUUUGUACUUGGGAGAUGGAGGGAAGAAUUGCGCAGCCGCCUCAUAUUGUGGAUGUUGGAAGGAGUGAUUUUCUUUUCCUUUCUUGUGAUGAGAAUCGAGAAGGGGAAAGAAAAGAGGAAUAGGGGAAGAAAAA